AUGUCUGAAUCUAGAGUUCAGGUUAUUAGCCCCGUUAAAAGCUUUUUAGCUGGUGGGUUCGGUGGAGCAUGUUGCAUUGCAAUUGGUCACCCUUUCGACACAAUAAAGGUUCGACUUCAAACAAUGCCUCACGUAACAUCAGGAACAGCGCCUAUGUAUUAUGGGACUUUUGACUGUGUCAAGAAAACUGUAGCGGCUGAUGGUAUCUUUGGACUUUAUAAGGGGAUGGGGGCACCCAUAGCCGGAGUGGCUCCUGUAUUCGCCAUUUGCUUUUUUGGGUACAAUUUAGGUAAGCAGCUUUUUGCCAAGGAUCCAAUGGAUUUAAGGUACAUACGAUUUUUCACGUUAUUACAUUAUUGUAGGAAACAUGAAAUUUUGUUUGCGGGAAUGUUCUCUGGCAUUUUUUCAACUGCAAUCUUGGCUCCAGGAGAGCGUAUAAAAUGCCUAUUGCAAGUUCAGUCGAAUGCAAUUGGACCUUUGAAGUAUAGUGGACCGGUUGAUGUUCUUCGUCAGUUGUAUCGCGAAGGUGGGAUUCGAAGCAUUUUCAAGGGAACAGCUGCAACACUUCUGCGAGAUGUCCCUGCAUCUGGAGUGUAUUUUCUGAGUUAUGAAUUAAUGAAAGAUGCAUUAAGGAAUCCACACUCAAAGAAUAAUGAAUUGAGUGUUGGUAAAACUCUCUUUGCCGGUGGUAUGGCAGGUAUCUUCAACUGGCUAGUAGCUAUUCCUCCCGAUGUUUUAAAAUCUCGUCUACAGAGUGCUUCUGAGGGUGUUUAUCCCAAUGGAAUUCGGUCGGUAUUCUCUGAACUUAUUGCAAAAGAAGGCUUUUUGGGAUUGUAUCGAGGUAUGACUCCGGUGAUGCUUCGAGCAUUUCCUGCAAAUGCUCCAACUGUUGAUAUUUUAGUUUCAGUUGAUCAACCACUUUUAAAUGAUGAAGUUUAUGAACAACUGAAUAUCAUUUAUGUCAAUAUUGAGUCAAUUCAAAAUGUCCCCGAAACGUUCCACACAAAAGAUCACUAUAAUUUUGUUGCUGCACUACCAUUUAUAACCUCGAGUGAAAACAUAGAAAACGCAAUCAUUUCGAACAAGGGGUAUUUGAAAUCGCCAUCCGAUGCAGAAUACAUCAGCACUUCAUUUAGAUGGCCUGCCCCUGGAAGUGCACGGAGUUUUGCAGAUAUUAUGCAAACCAGUUUUCCGAAGAUUACUCUAGCAUUGAAUAAAAAAGAAGAUGGUGACUUUCCAAUGGGACAAUAUUCGACUCUUAGAAAUUCAGCUAAUUCUGUAAAAAAUAAAGUUGUUUGGAAUCAGCAACACAGGCGCUUGCUGAACACGCCAUCACAGUUGAAACUGAAAGAAAGAAUUUCAGCUUAUAAAUUUUUACCAGUGGAGGUGUUUUGCAUGCAGGGCAGCUCAUCUGGAAGAAAGAAAAAGGACGAUGAACCCACCUAUACUCAUCAUGGUGUAGCUUAUGUUAAUUUAACUCCGCUUCUCUACCCAGGUGUGGAUUACGUUCGUGGGGCAUACAAAAUAUAUCCUUUUAAUCAGAAAGAAUAUGAAGAAAAGACAAAACGUCAAAAUAGCUUACUUCGAGAUGUUUUAAAUAAAGUAUCAGUUCAAAGUACCCCAAACGUACAGACAGAUAAAAAGAAAACACAGCUUAAUGUUCCAAAACAUGAAAGGAAAACAAGCGUCACAGGUGCUAAGACCACAGGCAGAAGUGCUAGUGCACUUGAGGCGGAAACUGGAGAACGUAGUGAAAUCGAAAGACAAAAAUCCAAUUUAACACUAAACACCAUAAACGAGCAACCUACUGAUCAAGUACAAAAUACUGAAGCUCAACAAUAUUUAGAUGCACAAUCAUUUAUAAUGCUAGAAUUUCGUUUAGAAAAACCAUUGGUUAAAAAACGAACUUUAGAAGAAAUUGACCAAAACGUUUCUACUUAUAUAACUGAAAAACAACCAGUUGUCAAACGUCACACCACAGCUGAAAAAGCGGUUAAGGAAUAUCACAAGCAAAUAGCAGAAGUUGCUAAUUAUUUGUUAAUGGAGUUCAAAGUUAUGUUUUCUAAUCUUAUACAAACAGAUCAAUUACCAGUAGAUCAUGAAUGCGCUGAACAAAUGAAACAUGAACUAUAUUAUUCACUGAAUACAUCUGGGAAAUAUUUCGCAUUUAAAGAACGUUUAAAAUUUGCUGUAAUUAAAAUAGUUAGAGAAAAAUUCUUUCGUACUAAACCAUUUACUGAUCAAGAACAAUUACAGCUUUUUCUGAGAGAUCUCUUUGUCUAUCUUGUGGACGAAAUGCACAUUGGUUUAAAGAAAGUAUUUUGUACAAGAGAUUUUACGAAGAUUCCAGAACUGAAUUUCUUUGAUCCAGAAACUUUAUUACGCUAUGCUCGUGAGGCUGAACAAAAUCAGAUGUAUGACUGGGCAGUUAAAUAUUAUCGAGAAAGAAUUGCAAGAAAUCCUAGUUCAUCAGCCUAUUGGCUCGACUUCGGUGUUUAUUAUUUGGGACGAAAUGACUUAGAACAAGCUGCAACAUGUUUCCACCGUUCUUUAAUCAUAGAUCCUAAACAAAGCACUGGAUUAGUUUUAUUUGGUCUUGUAUCCGCCAUGCAAAAUUUUAAUGAAGAAGCUACUGACUUUUUAGAAGCUGCAGUGUCUCACGAUCCUAAAAAUCCUGUUCUAUGGAUCAUACUUGGUUUAUUUUAUGAAACGAUAUCCAACGAUAUUGGUGUAGAUAUGGCUUUAAACGAAGCAAGAAGAUUAGAUGAAGGUGAUGAACAAGAAAUUGUUAGCUCGCCAAAAAGUGAAUCAAAUGAUAAUUUAUUAAUAAAUCAACGUCAAUCAUCAAAUAUUUUAUCUGACGGCUCACAGAACGAUGAGCGAAUUAAUAAAUUAUCCAAGGAAUCAACAAAUGAUGAAAUAUUAGAAGAAAGUGUAGAUAAUUUUAAAAUAACUUUAAGUGAAUUAGAUAAAGAGAGUAAUCGAUCUAUUAUAAUUGGUGAUGCAAUUAAAGAUGAUGUUGAUAUAAUAAAUGAAGUUAAAACAAGAAAAAGUCGUUAUUCUAAAGCUCCAAAAUCAGGUACAAAAAUUUCAACUGAUAUACAAUGUGAAUCAACAUUGAUACCAUCAACAGUCUGUGAGAAACCAUCAAGAAUGAGUUUAUUUAUUAGAACAGCUGAAUUUCUUUUGGAUAAAAAUAUGUAUUCGUUUGCAUCUAUGGCUCUGGCUCAUGAAUUAAUAGCACAGAAGAAAGAAUUAGAAUAUCAAACAAUUACUUAUGAGCCUCAAACAAUAAUAUCGAAUUCAGUACCUAAUUUACAAUUACAAACUGAUACGCAUACACCUAUACAAACACAAUCAUCUAGUGAUAAUCAGAAUCCAACAAAUUUUUCAACUGCUGGUUUAUCUACAAUAACUAAUCGAAUUUCUUCAACAAAUAUUUUAUUUCAUCGUGUAUCUGAAUAUCAUUUACUUUGUGCACGUUUAUCAAUGAAUUCAUCUAAACAAGAUCUAUCAGAAGCUGAAUUCAAUGCUAGUUUAAUUAUUGAAGCUGAUCCAGAAGCUGUAGAAGCUUGGGCAUGUUUAGGUCAUUUACGUUAUAUUGCUGGAGAUUUAAAUGCAGCACGUUCUUGUUAUGAACGUUGUUUAUGUUUAAUAACAUGGCCACCUAAAGAUCAACAUAUUUUAUUGUUACGUUUAGGUUCAAUUUAUUUACAACAGUUGAAGUAUAAAGAAGCUAAAGAUAUUUACUUACGUGCAUGUAAAAGCUCUCCAACUUGUGCUACAUGGCUAGGUGUUGGUAAAGCUUGUUAUAGACUAGAGGAACUAGAAAAUGCCGAAGAAGCUCUCACUGAGGCUAAUUAUAUUAAUAAUAGAAAUCCAGAAGUUUGGGCUUAUUUAUCUAUGAUAUGCUUAAAAACAAAUCGAUGUACAGAAGCCGAACAAUCCUUUAAAUAUUGCAUUAAAAUGAAAUUAAAUGAUACUGAAUUGUUGAAUGAAAUACACACCCUUCAAAUGGAAGUUGGUUGGGGCAAUCCUCUUGCUUACUGGGUAACGUCUUAUUCACAAUGA